AUGAAAGAGAUGAUUACCGAGAAGACAACAGAUGAAGAUUUACGAAUGUAUAUCGAUCCGGACGAAGGGAAUGAGGCAAUCGAAGUAUUUGUUGAGAUUGAACCGAAGUACAUUGAUAGUGCACCACCACAAAUGAGCGUAAAGGCAUUUGAUUUGAAUGAACCAUAUUUCUCACAACCACAGGUGAAUCCGGAUUUUCUGGCGGCGACACAAGGCAUCCCUAACUAUUGUGAGACUAGUGGAGCGAGAGAGUUGCACAGAGAUCCCUAUACGAUUAACUAUGGUAAUUUAGGGGGAUUUGUUGGUGAGUCGAGUUCCCCGAGACAGAGCAUAUUCGAAGAUGACCCUAUAGUGGAGGCAUAUUCAGCUGAUGUUGGAAGGGGCCGAUAUGAUAAAUUUUACGAUAGCGAUCGAGGUAUUCUUGAGGUCGGGAUGGUGUUUGAGGACAAAAAACGCCUUUGCGCCGCGGUGAGAGACCAUUCGAUUCGAUUUGCUAAACGGGAAUUCCCAAUUGUCGAAAGUAAGCCGAAGCUAUGGAGUGUCAAGUGCAAGCAUAGCACACCUGAAAGGCCUUGUAGAUGGUCAUUGCGGGGAAUUGAAAAAUCAGGCAAAGGAUUCUUCCUUAUUACGAGAUAUGGUGGGCCCCGCAAUUGCAUAAUGGAUGAAAUUUCGAAUGAACACAAGAAUUUGGACAGGAACUACAUUGCUUGCUUAUUGGUUCAGUCCGUCCGAGAUGACCCAGCUUGCAAAAUAACACAAGCACAGAAUAUUGUGAGGUCUCAAUUAGGAUUUCAACUUUCGAAGAUGCAAUCUUGGUAUGGUUUGAAGCGUUGCAGAGAUAACUUGUUCGGGAGUUGGGAGUCCUCUGUGAACAAAUUGCCCAAGUUGAUGAAGGAACUCCAUAACAAACCCGGGUACGGCAAUUGA